AUGUCGGAACGUUAUUCUUUGAGGCAGACGCCGAAAAAGACUGAACAUCUUGGCCUUGUUCAGACGCCUGGGACAAGGAAACCGUAUCGAAGAAAGUCACAGUUCACCGAGAGCCUAAUGGAGGACGACGACUCAUCCGCGACCGACUCUUCUUCCAGGCCGAAAGCAUCCAAGCCAAAGAGAAAUGUGAUCGUGGUCGAAGACGCCAUGAACGGAGAUGCAAUGAUGGACGCUUCCACUGAAUACAUGGCGAAUGGAAACGGUACCAAGAAUCUAUCGAAUGGCUCAUUGACCAACGGGUCUGCGAACGGGCACGCGAAUGGUCAUGCCAAUGGGCACGCAAAUGGCAAGGCAAACGGCAAUGCGAAUGGUCACACGAACGGCCAUGUCCAAAAAUUGGAAUUGGUCGUGGAUGGAUGGAGAGAAGGGAUGGAUCCCAAAAUCGAUUACUCCCCGCAUUUCGAUUUUGGUGGUUCGGCAGGAGUCACGACAAUGAUGGUUUGUUUCCCUCUGCUCAUGUAUUACAUGUGGAUUGGUGCGACAUUCUAUGACGGCAAAUUUCCAACACCUGAACCAGGACAAAGCUUUCUUCAAUUCAUACAGCAUAUGGGGCAUCUGGUCUACACGGAGGCUUUCCCCUCUGUACGCGCUUGGACAAUAUACUGGACAUUCUUUGUGUUUGAGGGCGCCUGUUAUUGUUUGAUGCCUGGCAUUUAUCAAUAUGGAAAACCGCUUCCUCACUUGGGUGGAAAGCAAUUAUUGUACUAUUGCUCUGGAAUCUGGUCUUUCUGGUUUACGAUUGUGGUUGCGGCAACAUUACAUUUCCUCAACAUCUUCAAACUCUACACCAUCAUUGACGAAUUCGGUCCAAUCAUGUCGGUUGCAAUUAUCUCCGGGUUUCUUGUGGCCAUCGUAGCAUACGUUUCUGCCAUUGCUCGUGGAGCUCAACACCGAAUGACCGGCAGAUUCCUUUAUGACUUUUUUAUGGGCGCAGAAUUGAAUCCACGCAUGUUUGGGAUAUUGGAUUUCAAGAUGUUUUUCGAAGUCCGCCUCCCUUGGUAUAUUCUUUUAGGUUUAUCUUGCGGGACGGCAGCUCGUCAAUGGGAGGAGUAUGGAUAUGUUUCAGCUGAAGUCUGCUUCCUGGUUAUGGCACAUUUCUUGUAUGCCAAUGCUUGUUCAAAGGGCGAGGAAUUGAUCACUACAACUUGGGAUAUGUACUACGAGAAGUGGGGUUUUAUGUUGAUUUUCUGGAACUUGGCUGGUGUCCCAUUAAGUUACUGCCACUGCACUAUCUAUCUGGCCAACCAUGACCCUGCGACAUAUCACCACAACAAAUAUGUUAUGGCAGCCCUAUUUGUCGGCUAUCUUUUUGUUUACUGGGUCUGGGAUACCACCAACUCCCAGAAGAAUCGUUUCAGAUCCUCGGAACGUGGCACCUUGGUCGACCGUCACGCAUUUCCUCAACUACCAUGGCAGACGGUUAAAAAUCCACGCCAUAUUAAGACGAAGACUGGUGAUUCUAUUCUCGCUGAUGGGUGGUAUGGCCAAGCUCGUAAAAUUCAUUACACCUGCGACCUUUACUUCGCCCUCAAUUGGGGAUUGAUUACAGGGUUCAGCAGUCCUUUCCCUUGGUUUUAUCCGGCCUUCUUCUUUGGAAUGAUCUGCCAUCGCGCGUACAGAGAUAUUGAGCGUUGCAAGUUGAAGUAUGGAGAAAGUUGGGACGAGUACACCAAACUUGUCCCUUACUUAUUUAUUCCCUAUGUUAUAUAA